AUGGCUGAGCAGAUACCGGAGGACCAACUUCCAAGAGCUCCCUCCAACGCUAAUCUCGACGUCAGUGACAAUCCUCCCGAACCCGACAACACAUCUAUCCGUGCAGAGAGAGGUUCUCCUACUCCAUCAUCGGUUACUGUUGAUAACCUCCCAAGCCUUCCAGAUCCAGUACAUCUCACUACCGUAGCUGACCCGUUUGGGUUAGGUGAGCUGCCGGAGGUUCCGGUACCCCCGCCUGUUGGUAGCCAUAGAGAAGAUAUACUUGGAACUGGUAUUAGUGGUAUUCCUGAACUUCCACAUCCUUCCGAUCCUCAAUCACAAUCUCGGCCUUCUUGCUCGGUGAACAACGAGCUUUACGCGCAGUUGCUGGACCUAGGCUUUGACGAUUUCACCGCUCGUCUUGCUUUGAUUCGAACUGCAAACAGUGGAGUUGAGGAGGCUGUUAACUGGAUAAUCGAAAGAUCGAACCCCAGCGAUUUUGACGACCAUUCAUCCAGCAGCGAGGAAGGAGAGGACGUCGAGAUGGGAGCAGCAAGCUCUACAGGUGAGAGCGGUGGUCAAGCUUCCGGUUUUCUUGGUGCUUUUCCACAAAUGAUUUCUCAUAGAGGCCGCACCCACAAGAUGGUUUUGGUGGCGAACAUGAGUUUGAAAAUGGGUGCGGGAAAGCUUGCUGCUCAAGUUGGCCAUGCGACACUAGGUGUAUAUCGGCAGGCAAUGAAUUCGGAGGCUGGUCGAGAAGCUAUAGAUGCGUGGACACGACACGGUCAGGUUAAGAUCGUUGUGCGUGGAAGUAGCACUGAAGAGCUUAUGGAUAUGUGUAAAGCAGCAAAGGAUGGGGGAUGCUGGUGCUAUCUUGUCCAAGACGCCGGUUACACACAGAUACCUCCAGGUUCUCGCACGGUUUUGGGAAUAUUCGGCACAGUGGAGCAAGUAGACGCUGUCACUGGCAGCUUAAAGUUGCUGUAA